AUGAGCAGUAAGGACAGGCAGAAGACUGCCAUUGUCAUUGGCGCCGGCGUCGGCGGCGUCUCGACGGCAGCGCACCUCGCCAAAGCCGGCUUCCACGUCACCGUCCUCGAAAAGAACGCCUUCACCGGCGGCCGCUGCUCCCUCAUCCACCAAGACGGCCACCGCUUCGACCAAGGCCCCUCCCUCCUCCUGCUGCCCCCGCUCUUCCACCGCACCUUCUCCGACCUCGACACCACGCUCGAAGCCGAAGGCCUGCAGCUGCGCAAAUGCGAGCCCAACUACAACAUCUGGUUCGGCGAUGGGGAGCGCUUCCGCCUCAGCAGUGACCUGGCGACGAUGAAGGGCGAGGUGGAGAAGUGGGAGGGGAAAGACGGGUAUUUGCGGUACCUGGACUUUUUGAAGGAGUCGCAUGCGCACUACGAGUUGAGCGUGGAGCAUGUGCUGUUGAAGAACUUCGUGUCGCUGUGGAGUAUGCUGCGCUGGAGCUUUCUGCGGCAUUUGCUCACGCUGCAUCCUUUUGAAUCCAUUUGGACGCGCGCCAGUCGCUAUUUUCGCACCGAGAGGCUGCGCCGCGUCUUCACGUUUGGCAGCAUGUAUAUGGGCAUGUCGCCUUUCGACGCCCCGGGGACGUACAGCUUGUUGCAGUAUACGGAGCUCGCAGAGGGCAUCUGGUAUCCUGUGGGUGGUUUCCACCGUAUUGUACAGACUCUGGUGGAGAUCGGCGAGCGGUUAGGCGUGGUGUAUCGGAUGAACACGCCCGUGUCAAAGAUUUUGCUCUCAGAGGAUGGCUCCCGGGCGACUGGCGUGGAACUACAGUCCGGCGAGACGCUGAAAGCGGAUGUGGUGGUGAACAACUCGGACUUGGUCUACGCUUACAACCACCUCCUCCCACAAUCAUCGUACGCGCGAGCCUUGUCCGAUCGACCGGCAUCGUGCUCGAGCAUCAGCUUCUACUGGGGCCUGUCCCGCACCGUGCCAGAGCUGGAGGCGCACAACAUCUUCCUCGCCGACGAAUACAAAGAGUCCUUCGACAGCAUCUUCAAAAAACACCUCAUCCCCGCCAAGCCAAGCUUCUACGUCAACGUUCCCAGCCGCGUAGACCCCUCCGCCGCGCCCGCAGGAAAAGACAGCAUCGUCGUACUCGUCCCCGUCGGCCAUCUCAUAGCCUCAUCCUCGCAACCCCUCACCCCCAACCAAGCCCAAGUCAACGGCGACAUCAACCAAGCCUCCCCCACCAACAGCACCGGCCUCAAACCCACCCCCCAACAAGACUGGCCCGCCAUGAUCGCCCUCGCCCGCAAAACCAUCCUCGCCACCAUCCGCACCCGCACCGGCGCCGACCUCGCCCCGCUCAUCACCACCGAGCAAACCAACGACCCGCAGUCCUGGCGCACGCGCUUCAACCUCGACCGCGGCGCCAUCCUCGGCCUCUCGCACAGCUUCUUCAACGUCCUUUGCUUUCGGCCUGGAACGCGCGCUCGUCGGCCGGGAAGGUUGGAUGGUGUUUUCGGGGGUGGAGCGCUGGGGACCGUCGCGCAGACUUUGGAGGAUGCGGUUCGGUCGGAGGCGGAGAGGAGUGUGAGGGGAUUGUAUAUGGUUGGCGCGAGUAGUCAUCCCGGUACGGGGGUGCCGAUUUGUCUUGCGGGGGCAAGACUGGUUGCUGCGCAGGUGCUGGAGGAUUGCGGGAUGGAGGUUCCUUGGGAGAAGGAGGGGGCUGAGGUGAAGCGGAGGACGGGAGCGCUGGAUAGUGUCGAGGCGCCGACGUGGAGGGAUGAGUGGGUGAAGUGGGCGUGUUGUGUGGUAUUGUUGUGGCUUGUCGGUGUCGUGAUGAGCUUGUUAUAUAGAUGA